AUGGGUAUUCCUAAGUUUUUUAGGUACAUCUCUGAGAGAUGGCCUUUGAUUUUGCAAUUGAUUGAGAAUGACCAGAUUCCAGAAUUCGACAAUUUGUAUUUGGACAUGAACUCAAUUCUUCAUAAUUGCACACAUGGUAAUGAUAUGGAUAACACUAGACAGAGAUUGUCCGAGGAGGAGGUUUACGCUAAAAUAUUUGCCUACAUCGAUCAUCUUUUGAACACUAUUAAACCUAAGAAAGUGUUUUAUAUGGCAAUCGAUGGUGUUGCUCCAAGAGCUAAGAUGAACCAGCAGAGAUCUCGUAGAUUCAGAACCGCUAUGGAUGCUGAAACCGCUCUGAAGAAAGCAAUCGCCAAUGGUGACGAGUUACCAAAGGGCGAACCUUUCGACUCGAACUCUAUUACCCCAGGUACUGAAUUCAUGGCGAAAUUAACUAGAAAUUUGAAAUAUUUCAUACAUGAUAAGAUUUCAAACGAUUUGAAUUGGCAAAACAUUGAAGUUGUUUUCUCUGGACAUGAGGUCCCAGGUGAAGGUGAGCAUAAAAUCAUGGAUUUCAUAAGAAAUCUGAGGUCGCAAAAGGAUUACGAACAAAAUACAAGACAUUGUAUUUACGGUUUAGAUGCCGAUCUGAUCAUGUUAGGUUUAUCCACCCAUGAUCCACAUUUUUCCCUACUGAGAGAAGAAGUUAAGUUCGGUGGUAGACGUAAUAAUAGUGGUAGUCUUCCUUUAGAAAAACAAAAUUUCUACCUAUUACAUCUAUCACUGUUAAGAGAGUACAUGAAUUUAGAAUUUAUUGAAAUAUCAACUAACUUACAAUUUAAGUAUGAAUUUGAUAGAAUUUUAGAUGAUUUCAUUCUUAUUAUGUUCGUUAUUGGUAAUGAUUUCUUACCUAAUUUACCAGAUUUACAUUUAAAUAAAGGUGCUUUCCCUGUCAUCUUACAAACAUUUAAAGAAGCUUUAUUGCACUUGGAUGGUUACAUCAAUGAAAAUGGUAAAAUUAAUUUAAAGAGAUUAGGUGUAUGGUUGAAUUACCUUUCACAGUUCGAGUUAAUGAACUUUGAAAAAGAUGAUAUAGAUGUCGAUUGGUUUAAUAAACAGUUAGAAAAUAUUUCUUUAGAAGGUGAAAAAAAAAGAUUAAGACAAGGCAAAAAAUUAUUAUUGAAACAACAAAAGAAAAUUGUUGGUGCAAUUAAACCUUGGUUACUAAAUUUAGCACAAAAACCAAUAAAGGAAUUAUCUAAUUUAUCAAAGGAUAACGAAAGUGCAUUAUCUUUAGAACUUAGCGAUUCAAAUAUUGUUGAAAAUUUAGAAUUCUUGAAGAAUUUCGCAUUCGAUUUGGGGCUAUUUGUUUCACAUUCGAAAUCAAAGGAUUCUUAUUCAUUGAACUUAGAUAUAGAUUCAAUUAACCCAGUUGAAACUGAAGAAGAACAUCAAGAGAGAAUUAAAUCGAUUAAAUCUAAUUUAAAGAAAUACCAGAACGCAAUUUUAGUAGAAGAUAAAGAAGAAUUAGAUAAUGAACAAGAAAUUUAUGAUGCAAGAUUCGAAGCUUGGAAGCGAGAAUAUUAUCAAGAUAAAUUCAACUUGUUUGGUUCAGAAAAAGUCGUCACUGAAGAAGAAAUAAAAUUUGACGAAAACGAUGAUACCACCAAUAAUACCGAGAUAAAGAGAACCGUUGAGUAUGUAAAUAUUAAUAGCGAGGAAGAUGUCGCCGAAAUCGCCAGAAAUUAUGUGGAAGGUUUACAAUGGGUAUUGUAUUAUUACUAUCGUGGUUGUCCAUCCUGGAGUUGGUACUACAAGGGACAUUAUGCUCCAAGAAUUUCCGAUUUAGCUAAGGGUUUAGACCAAACAUUUGUUUUCGAAAAACGUCAUCCUUUCACCCCAUUCCAACAGUUGAUGGCUGUGUUGCCAGAAAGAUCCAAAAACUUAAUACCAGCAGUUCUAAGACCAUUGAUGUUUGAUGAAAAGUCACCAAUUUUGGAUUUCUAUCCUAAUGAGGUACAGUUAGACAAAAAUGGUAAGAGUGCCGACUGGGAAGCUGUUGUAUUAUUGUCCUUCGUUGACGAAGAUAGAUUAGUAACUGCCAUGCAACCUUACUUGGAAAAGCUAACUCCUGAGGAAAAAGAAAGAAACUCUUUUGGUAUCGAUUUGACUUUUAGAUUCAAUCCACAAGUGGAUGAAGUCUAUAAAAGUCCAUUAAAUGGUGUUUUUAGCGAUAUUAAGCACAAUCAUUGUAUGGAAAUCAAAUUUGAAAUGGAAAAAUUAGAUUUACAUGAAAUUCGUUAUGGAUUAUUACCAGAAGCAAAAGAUGGUAAGUAUUUAUCUGCAGGGUUUCCAAGUUUUGAUACUAUUCCAUUUGAUGCAAAAUUAGAGUACAAUGAAACAGCUGUGUUCCAACAACCAUCAAAGCAACAAUCAAUGGUCAUCUACAUUAAUAAUGUAUAUGAAGGUGAUGAUGUCACUAUUGAUGAAAUAUCUAAUAGAUUUAUGAAAUCAAUUGUAUAUACUAAAUGGCCAUAUUUGAGAGAGUCAAAAUUAAUUGGAGUUUCCAAUGGUAUUGAAACAAUUGGUGCUGAUGAAAUGACUGGCAAAAUCACUAAAAGAAAUUUAUCAGAUCUCGAAAAAAAGGAAUAUAAUAACCUAAAGAAUUCUAUGUAUAGAAAUUAUGGUAAACAACAAGCCGUAAAAAUUGGUGACAUUAAAUCUAUCAUAAAAGUCGUUCCUGUCACUGGGUUAGCAAGAGAUUCUACUGGUGCAUAUGUUAAAACAUUUGGAUCACAAAUUGAAUAUUACCCAGUGCAGUUAAUGGUAGACUCAAUUAUUAAUGUUGAUAAAAGGUUUGUCGAAAAGCCUCCACAGCCAAUUGACCAAGAAUUUCCUGAAGGUUCUAAGGUUGUUUUCUUAGGUGAUUACGCAUAUGGUGGUACAGCUACUAUAGACGGCUACAGCAGUGGUAGUAGAUUAAAAUUAUCCGUUGAAAAAAGAUCAAUAAGAUCAGAACCUACAAUUGGUAAGAUCAGACAUGAUAUCGAUAAGAAAUUAAUCAAGUAUCAACCUUCUUACAUUGUUUCUAAGACAUUGAAAUUUCAUCCCUUAUUUUUGUCUAAAAUAACUUCCAAGUACUUAGUUGCAGGUAUUGACGGUAGACGUGUCGAUGUUGGUAUUCCAAUUAAAUUUGAAGGUCGCCGUCAAAAAGUUCUGGGUUAUGCUAGAAGAAGUGUGAAAGGUUGGGAAUACUCCAAUUUAACUAUAGACCUAUUAAAUCAUUAUAAGAAAACCUUCCCAGAAUUCAUUGACAAGUUAGCCAGAUUAAAAACAAAUGAUAUUCCAAAUAUCGGUGAACUAUAUCCAGAAUUAACAAAUGUCAAGGCUGCUGAAUUAUUGGAUCGAGUUAAGACCUGGUUAAAGAAUGCUACUGAAAAUUUUGUUACUGUUUCAUUAGAAAGUGAUUCUUUAUCAAAGGCUUCUAUCAAUGCUAUUGAAGAAGCAAUCAUUCCAUAUUCUACUUUUGCUGAACAAAGUGAAAUAAAACAAUUAGCAAAGGUUCCAAGGGAAGCCAUUCUUGAUCCUAAAGAAUCUUUGACUAAGUUGCGUUCCCAAAGAUUUGACUUGGGUGAUCGUGUUAUCUAUAUCCAAAGUUCUGGUAAAGUUCCAUUAUUUUCUAAGGGUACUGUUGUUGGUUACACUACAUUGCCACAUAGUAUUUCAGUUCAAGUCCUAUUUGAUAAUGAAAUUGUUGCUGGUAACAGAUUUGGUGGUAGAUUGAGAACUAAUCGUGGUUUGGGAUUAGACGCAUCUUAUUUAUUAAACAUAAGUAACCGUCAAUUCAUUUAUCACUCUAAAGCUUCUAAAAAAACUGGAGGAGAACAAAAAAACACUGCUGCUUCUAUUGAAGCUAAAAAAGAAAGAGUUGCUAAAAUUAGAACUGCUAGAGCUCAAGAUUUGUUAACACAUAUUAAUGACAACAAAUCUAACACUUCUGCAGCUAAUGAUGCGAAUAUCGCACCAGCUGCCGCUUUGCCACCAAUAAGACAUGCUGCAAACCAUAUCUAUAGCGCUGUUUUAAAUCAAUAUUCUAACGAAGGUCCAGCAACUGGGAAUCCUCAACCAAUUAGUGAAUCGAAUGGUGAUAAUCAAGCUGGUUUACCAUAUCAUUUACCUCCUGGUUUUGUUCCACCAAAUCCAAUGAUGUUCUCACCACCACCACAUGGCCCAACAGGCUUGCCACUCCCAAUGGGCAAUUUCAUGCACCCACCUCAAGGAAUGUUUCCACCACCAGUUCCAAUGCCAAUGAAUGGUGCUAUGCAACAUCCACCAGUUGACCAAAAAGGUAGUGCUGAACUAAAGUCUUUUAUUAAAAACAAGAAACCUCAGGAUGACAAUAAGAAGAACACUUCCCAUAAAAAGCACCCACAACAAAACAAGAACAGAAACAAUGGUAAGAAGACAGCCAAAAAUCCUUCAAAUAAAGAUACAAAUUAG